AUGUUUAAGUUUCAAUAUCGAGAUUUUGCUUAUAGCCGCAAUAACAGUGAAGAUUUAGCUGUGCAAAAAAUUAAAAUGGUCUGUUUAAACCUUGUAAAGCCUUACACACCCAUACUCAAAGUAGUUGUUCGUUCCGUCUGUUGCACAUUUCUAUUAUUUCUACUUAUUGUAUUUAUAUCGUUUGAAUUUAAUAAUUUUACUAUGAAAUCUGUAAAUCAAUCUAAUAAUGGUACAAAUAUUGAAGAAUCAUUUGAUUCAGCUGAUAAUUUAAAAUUAGCCUAUGAAAUACAUCGAAUUUAUUAUAAUAAAACAAAUUUUUCUACCAUUAAUGAAGUUGAACUUGUCUCUUUAAUAAAGCAAAUAGUUGGUAAAAUGAAUCUCAACUAUAAUAUUUAUGUUAUAUCGUCUCUAUGUUAUUUAAUACAUUUAUUAUGUUUUAUACCAUUGUUAAUAUCAUUUAUUAUUUGUCUACUUUAUGAAAAAGUACUUAGAAAUGGUAUUAUUCGUUUAAUGCUUUCGAUUGUUGGUUUUUGUUCAUUAUUUCUCUCAGCAUGGACACAAGUAAAUAGAUCAAAUUUAGAAAUGAGUUUUAAUGAUUUAAUGGGUGGUAUUUAUAUAUUGUUAUCUGUAAUACGUGUUAUUCUUAAACAUGACCAAGAUAUUGAAUUAAUUUUUCAAAAAUUACGAAAAUAUUUUAACAAAACAUCAACAUCGUUCAUUUGUUCCGAUGAAUUUAGUACAUAUUUGAAAAGUACAUAUACAAUAUUAUAUGAUCCGUCGACAAAAUACUAUUCAUUAUUAUCAAAUUUGUUGGAAUUAUUGAAGAAACAUCCUAUACAACAAUGUUCAAAAUCUGUUUCAGACAUCAGAGAUGAAAAUAUUCAACAUUCAAUCACAACUACAACUGUAGCUCAGACAGAAUUACCUGAAAAUGAAAUAUCAAAUAGUUCAUCAAUCACAGAAAAUACACAUAAACGUACAAUAAUACCUGUAGCAAUAGAAACGAUAACAAAUAUUCAAACUUCACAAAUAUCUCCAUUAAUAAAUAUUGAAAUUACAUCUGAAACCACUCUAGGUGUAACUGAUGAAAAUGUAUCUUUAAUUAAUCCAGCAGAAGUACUUACAACAUACGAAGAAACUGAAAUAGUACGUAGUGAUGAUGUACAAUUGUUAACAGAUGACUGUGAAAAAUGUACAAUACCAUGUAUUCAACAAGCAAUCAAUGAAACACUCGAUAAACCAUCUGAAUCAAAUUCUAUCAAUAAAGAAUGCGAUGAAGAAUUAAAACGUCAAAGAAAAAUUCGAAAACUCGAGUAUAGAUUAAGCUCAUUAUCAAAUACCAUUCGAAAGUUAGAAGAAACUGAAAUGACAUUGGAUGAAAUGAAAAAUUCGGAUUUGUAUUUGGUUGAAGCAAAAUUAAAAGAACGUGCUUACGAUACACAUCUCAAAUUAGCUAGACUCAAAAAUAAAUUGCCAACAACUGAACGAAUUAUACAAGUACCAAUAGAUGUGGUUGCAUGCGAAGAAUACGAAUGUAUUAAUAAUGAUUUACAACAAAUGAUUCAAAAUAUCAAAUAUUUUCCAGAUUUUAGUGAUGUCCGAAAAACAGUUGAAAAUGCUAAUAGAAUAAACGAACUUAAUCUUAGUUCAGAAAAAAUUGAAUCAGUUGCUAUAAAAGCAUUUAAAGUAGUUGGAAAAGCCAUGCGUCAUCGACGUCGCAAAGAUGAUCAAGAAAUACUUCUUAGUCGAUUGCCAGAUGAUUUCAAUGUAAAUGACAAUGAUCCGGCGUUAAAAGAUAAUGAACUUGAACGUGUACUUGCCAAAAAUGAUCAAGAUGGUGAAUACAAAAUAAAUCAACUUUUUGAUCAGUAUGCAUCGAUGUCGGAACAAAUUGUUGGUGACAUGAAUGAAAACAACGAAGAAGAGGACGAAUCAGUUAAAAGCCAUGAAGAUGAGAGCGAAACUGAUGAAGAACAAGAACAGGAAAUAAUAAAUGAAGAGAUAAAUAAUAAUGAUAAUGAAGAGUUGACUAAUAAUGAUAAUGAAGAUAUAGUGUUUGAGCAGUUGGAUAUAGACAAUGCGCAGUUUCAAAAUCUAACAGAAAAUGUGGUAGAAAAUAACAAUAACUUAGAAGAUAUCGUAUUAAAUGUUGAAAGCAAACAGCCAACUAUUGAAGAAGAAAAAGAACAAACGCCAGUUGUAUUAUCACCUGUUGGAUCAUCUGUGAUGUCUACAACCAAUAAUAUUGAAUCAAAUGUACAUAAUUCAAACCUGAUACUUUUAACGAAUUUGACUUCAUCGCCACACCAUACUCAUUGUCUACAUUCAAAUUCAAUGUCAGUUAAACGACUAACAAAACCGAUUCAGCAGCAAGAAUAUUUGAUUAAUAAUGAGAGAAAUCAAAAUAGUCAUAUAACUGUUUUGUCUACAGCAUGUAUUAAACAGCAACCGCCUAAAAAAUGUUCACCGAUUUUAGAUUCAUUAAGAAAGAGAAAUUCGUCAUUUGAGUCACUCGCAAGUAAAAAGAGACGUUUAUCUAAUGAUGAUGAGAUCGUUUACCUAACGGAUGAGGAUGAGCAAGAAUCUGGAAAUAAACAGAAUUUAUGUUCCAAUCAUGCACGUUUAGCACUUCAUCGCGCAUAUCUGACAUCAUCUGAUGAUAAACCAAACAUAACUGGUUUAAAUAAAUUCCAGCAGCAUUUGAAUCACCCAACAAAACAAUGUACUCAUAAACAUCAAAUAUAUGAUUCAAAAGAGCAGUUAAAUAAUGACAUGCUCUAUGAUAUUUAUCAACAACGUUUAGUCAAACCAGUCAAUUCUACACAACAUCUAACUCCAAAACAGCCAGUGAAGAAAACACAUAAAAAACAAGAUCCAAUUAUUAUUGACUGA